CACGCAACAGGAAAGCCUAAGCCGACACCAUGCCUAUCUAUCUAUCAAUGCAACGUGUGCGCUUCUCCAGCCCGGAUGCCUACGAGAAAUUCAAGGUCCUUUUCGCCGACAGUCGUCGCCACCUCAUGCAACUCCCCGGGUUUCUGCAUCUGACCUGGUGGGAACACCCCGAGGAUAAAAAUUGGUACAACGAGUGCAGUUUUUGGACCAGCCGGGGCGCCCUUUACGACUGGCACAAGGACACUUACCACAAGUACUGCAAAGCCUGGGCCGCCAAUGGAGCGAUCAUUGAAGACAUCAUCACCAAUUUCGAAUUGGUCGGCACGCGACUGCUCCGCAUUUGUCCUGUCUGCAACAAGUUGCAGGACAAGAAGUACGAUCUGAACCAGGAGCAGGCCGUUCUCAAGGAACAAUAUCCCCAAUGUGGCUUUCACUUUCCCUCUAUGGAGGAGACGCCGUCGAGCUUUGCUGUCUUCAAGGACGCAGUGAUGCCACCGGCGAAGGAUCCCGAGCAAAAUGGAGAGGCCAACGGCGAGGCCGAGGCGAGUGGUAAGGCGGACGGUAAGGAGGAUGUCGUGGCGGAGGUGAGCGUGGGUAUGGACGCGGGGAAGUGCCCAGUAUAAUGAUCGUAGCUAUCGUCUGAGAUCGAUGUGCCUCACGAAGUCAUUGAAUGGAAGCAGGAAGUGUCGUUAAGAGACGGGUGUAGAUGGCCUGAGUACGUGGGGUACAUUGUGAUCAGAACGCCAGAUGUAACGAGUAAUGCACACUGUUUGACACCUACCAAAAAACCUUGCGUGCUUUUCGACAUAGUGGUCGAUGUACUGAGUCGGUU